GCCUCGUGAGGUUGUGUCAUAAUGUACGAUUUUAAAACCAUUAAGUGUUCCCACAUAAGCGAAAUACCAAUUCAGGUCCGGUGCAAAGGGCCCAAUGGGCUUGGCCCUGAGUGGAUUCCCUUAAAGGAGGAUUGGAGCAAUCGCUGGUGCACUUUACCUUUGAAUUACACGAUGGACUUUGCGAAUCGGAUCGCGAGCUUUAAGAGCAGGGAUACUGAUGUUUUCUUGGUGUCUUCUGCAAAGACAGGUUCAACUUGGAUGUUGGAGUUGUCCUGGCUUCUGUUAAAUAAUCUUGACUACCAGAAAGCUCAGCAAAGCUAUGGUAUGGUGCGCAGCCCCUAUCUUGAGCAUUCAGGAGUGGACUCCAUGUGGAAAGCUGAUUCAAUAGAUGCUUGUGAACAAAUUCAAGACAAUCCCAGGUUGAUCAAGUCCCAUUUACCAGCGCAUAUGCUGCCCCGAGAAAUUUUCACGCAUGGGAGGAAAACUAUUUACGUGGCUCGAAAUCCAAAGGAUGUUGUGGUGUCAACAUAUCACUUCUUUAGUGAUAUAAAGUACUGGAAAUGCUCUAUUGACGAAUUUGUAGAUGACUUUGUUGCUGAUAAGACUCCAUUUAGCUCUUACUGGGGGCACUUAGUCGACUUUUAUAGGCUGCGCAAUGAGAAGAAUAUUUUCUUUGUUACCUACGAGGAAAUGAAGCGAGACCUUAAAGGUGUGGUUAGGAGACUAUCUCGUUUCUUAAAUUUCAAGGAUUUGACCGAUAAUGAAAUGGAAAAACUCUUAAGCCACUUAAGUUUUGAGAACAUGAAAAAAAGUCAAUUUGGAAACCACAAACAUUUUUUGAAAACAUUUCAUGAAACUACCGAUAAUUUUGAGUAA